AUGCCACCCCAAGCCGCGCAAGGACGAUCGCUCAGACUUCGCGAUGCCUCGGGCAGGGUCAUGCCAGCCAAGUCCGUGCCGCGAUCCACCCCUCAGUCCGAUCCAGCCGUCCCACUCAUCAUGCGGGACGACGACGCUUCCACCGCUGUCUGCGCAAUGCUAGAUGGGCUCGCGAUCUCAACCUUAGCCUCAGCCUCAGCCUCAGGCUCGAACGCGAAUUCGAACUCGACCUCGACCUCGACCUCGACCUCUCCGGCGACUUUUAUUUCCCCCCUUUUUCAAGACUUCGACUUUGAGCGCGUCAAGGCUCAGAGGCCCCGGCGCGGCCUCGACGGAACUAGCAAGUCCGGAGCCCACACUUCGGGCCGCCAAGGUCAAGGUAAAGGAUUCAGGCAGGUUUUCUUCUGGCCUUUAAGGAUAAUUUUUCGCUGACGAUUUCCUUCUCUUGAACAUUGCAUCUCUUUAAUAGAAUCAACCAAAGCAUCCGACCAAGGCGCAAGACGGCGACGCCGCGCUCAACGACACGCCAAGGAAGCAGACCGCGAGCAGCGCUGCGAUGAAGAGUAAGAGGAGUGGCGAGAAAUCCUGGGCCAACGAGGAUUGGCCGGCGAAGGCGAUCAAUCUGGUCGGAGCCCAAACUUUCGGCGAUGACAUUCUCGGCAGAAGCACUACUGGUGGCAAGUUCCAGGAUCUUGUCGAACGAGCCAAAGCGACUCUGAAGCAACUAUCGGAUGACGAGCGAGCGGCCUGGAAGGGGAAGGUGAUGAGAGGGUUCGAGAGGGAGGCCAGAAAAAAGCAGUCCGGGGGCCAGGGGAAGUCUGACGUCGUGACUGGGCACGGGAAUCGAAAUGAAGAUGGGUCGAUCGCGGAGAGCUCGAUCCCUUGGGUGGAGACGUUGGCCUCAGUGGUGGGUCGUUUCGCUUGCCUUAUUGAAAGGUUGCCAUUACUGACGUGGUAGCAUCUGCGGGGUGGUGACCAGGCGGGUCCGAAAGAAGGACCUUACAAGUACCAUGACGACACAUUUGCCAUCCCGCUCCUUCCCACGGAGACCAACACCGCGGUUCGAAAACCCGACGGAUCCCUGAUCGACAAGAACCAGACCGGCCGGCUCUCCUUCGCCGACCUCAUCGCCAUAUUGGAGUAUACCCUGCAAGCCAACCUCGCCCUUCUCGAAGAUACGCAAGACGACGGCAAACCUCCCAACCCCAAACUACUGCAGCUUCUCAACAAUGUGAGAGCUGUAUUGCGCGAACAUCCUUCGGCGGAUUACGCCCUCGGCUUUGCCAUCAACCUUGAUGUUGCAUACGCCGUCAAGGUCGACAAUGAGGUAACUAGGAUCGUCGAGAUGCAGAAGUGCUGGCACGACGACAACAUUGCCGAGACGGCGGCGCUCCUCCGCCUCAUUCUCAACGUCGACCGCGACUCGUCUGGUCUCUCGGACGUAUUCAACUGCGCCUACGCGGCGGUCGGAGGUCACGGCGAGAAGGACCUGCGCCUCGAGUCGCUCGGCUCAAGCACACAACAGGUCUUGCAGGGCCUUGACGAGCAGGCAACUGACUCCGUCAAGGUGUCCCCUUUGAAAGGCAUCCUGCCGAGUGUACUCGCGCACUCUGGAUCGGGCACCUACGCAGCUUUUAAGCUGGACACCCCCCCCGUUCUCCUUCCACAAUUGAACGGCUCCGACAUGACCCCGACCGACGACAACUCGUCGACGUCGACGCCAGCUUCACACCACUACCAGCUAUGGAUAGUGCGGCGACUGCUGGAGCAUGCCGAGGAGACGGACACGGCCAUUCGCGAAGUAGCGGUCUCCAUCCACAUGGUCGCCAAUCUUCCGCCAACCACACUCCGACACGUCGCGCUCGCGGUCGACUGUCACCGCAUCCCUGCAAGCAAGCGCAGGCUCCCGGACUUGCCAAACGGCGGCAAACGUAGGGAUGUUGUCAUUCUUACUAUCGCGGUGCCGGUGGUGGAUGACAAGAACGGGUACCGGUCGAUUCUCGACCAAACGAAUCCGCCCACGACCGCCGAGCUCGCUAACCUGCUGGCGUCGGGGCUGGACGACAUUUUUCAAUUUGGCAAGGCCGAUGUCUUCAUUCGCAAUAUAAAUACAAGCACCUUGUUACACUCAAAAGGCACGCCUUUAUUCGUUUGCUCGGUAUACGUGACUUGCGCGACUUGA